AUGCCGGAUCGAGUGGUUGGUUCUUUGGAGAGAGAACAUCAACAACUCUUGGCCUUCAUGAAGUUCCGCGGAACAAAGGCGGUGUUCAUAGCCAAGCCUGAAAACGCCGAAACCCGCUCCAACGAGCCUUCUCUGCUAGCAAUGACGACGAUGUGCAUAGCACUUAUUCACAUGUUUGUUACGAACCGUGAACGACCGCCUUUGAGGCAUUCUGCAACCUAUCAGAACCUCGAUCACCUACUCAGAAGGCCAGACACCAUAUACAUUAGAGAUCAGUACAAUAAUCAGCUCCAAUUGGGGGAGAAGACAUCACGAGCUUCACCACCUCCCCCUUUGAGAUCUGAGCAGUUUCCUUUCAGACACAGUCCACAAAAGAUGAUAGAAAUCAUAGCGACCGUUCUUACCUUGCCCUUCAUACAGUGGUUUGACUACGGCCUCGUUACUAGGCUUGAAAUAGCCCGGUAUCCCAAUGUCUACUCUUUGAACUUCCUCCUCUCGCUAUCUCGCACUCAUAUAUCACACAACGGCCUCGCUAUAGGAGACAGUCAAUUGCAACAGUAUUCGAAUUUCGACCUGCUUCCCAUUCACAUCACCCUACGACACAGUCUCAUUCGCAAUCGUCCCUCACGAGUAGCGAAAAUGAAGCUCAUGACCGGCAUCAUCACCGCAAUUAUUGCCUUCUUUGCAACAACCUCCUUCGCUGAAUCUGAAGGUGGCUUCAUGGAACCCUGCAAGAAAGUCAGUCUCAAGGAAGCAUUUUAUAAACCAUGUAAAAAAUGUCCGAGACGCGCCUUCUACAAAGUUUUGGCCGGGUGCACCGCAUUGGACGGCAAGCCAGGCGGUUUUGAUAAGUCAUGCGAAAAGUGUUCACUUGGUAAAGCCAACGAGAAAAAGGUCGAGAUGACGUGCUAUUGCGCCGAUGGAGUCAAUAAAGAAUUGCAGAUGAACAUCAUUGACCUUAAGGAAAUACGAUUUGGUGCGGUGAAGAGAUGGGAAUCGCAACAUAUCAGGACGUUCGUCAUGGCGGAACUGACUCAAGCCGUCUUCCUUGUGACGAUUGGGCUGGCAUUGAGACCGGAAUGGUCAACCAAGUCCGGGUUUCGAAACUCGAACGCCGGCCGCUUGAGUUCUUCUUCCUGUAUUCCCACAAACAUUUAUCUCUCUCCCUCCACAUCGUCUUUCUUAUACUCAAGUUACAUGCACUUUCAAUACCUCCACUGGGCUCUCUUACAUAAUGCCUUGCGCCUGACGCUUCUGCUACUCACAUCAGCGGAAGACUCACACCAGCACUAA